GGCGCGUCGGGAGGGGGCGGGGCCAGCCGGCUGCCCAGCUCCAGGGCUGCGGGCGCCUAUUGACCCAACGGCCGCUGCGCCGCCGCCGCUGCCGCCGCCGCCGUCUCCUCCGGCUCGUGGCGGGCGGUACAGGAGCGCCGAGUGGCGCUGGGGAACCGGCUCUUCCUUUCGCGGCUGCCGCCGCCAUCUCCGCGUUCUCGGGGCGGGAAGGAGGGGGUGCUCCACGGCUGCAGCUGGAGCGGGCUCCUCUCCGGGGACGGUCCUCUCCUCCUCCCUCGGCUUGCCUCCUCCCGGCGCUGCCCGCCCCCUGCGCCCUCCGCGUGCAGCCCGGGCCCGCGAGGGGGAAGGUAGGGGCGGCGGGGGCCGGGAGAGGCCGGGGAUCGGACGCACACGCCGAGGAAAGUCCUGGAUUGCAGCGCUCCGGCGCACAGGGUGCACCCGGGUCGGGCCCCCGCAGUAGCCGCGGCAGGAAGGGGUUCUUCGGCGGGCACGCGGGGGCGGUGUGGCGGGGGUGGGCCUGGGUGUCCCGGCGCUAAGUUGUGGGGCACGGCGCCUCCAGGUCCAGUUCCUUCUUCCGCGCGCUCCUUGCUCCCAGCGCCGCACACUCGGCCCCGGAGCCGCGGAACCCGCGCGUUCUCUGGGCGCGGAGGACACGCCUGCCCUUGUCGAGAAAACUUUUCCUGCCGACUCAGUCGUGCCGGCCCGUGGCAGGAAGUCGGGCAGAGACCUCUCCUCUGACUGCUCCGACCGCCCUACCGGGUAGCGCUAUCCUGCAGGAAAGCAAGUUUGUGGGGACCUUUGCCUUGCUCUCCAGGAGUCUGCCUUGCAGGGACGGCCGGCCUUGGGGAGGGCAGCGGGCCAGGGCGUAGGCCGAGGGCGCGUGGUGGCUCCGGAGACGAGGUGCGGAGCGCAGCCGGGACCCGCGCCGUAGCGCGCGAAGGGUGUGCGGCCGGGAGCAGGGAGCCCUCGGCGAUCGCCGGCUGGAGUCCUCAGUCUUCUGCCUCCUUCGGGUGAGGACCGCGUCCUGGCCCCGAGUCCAUCGAGGAAAAUGAAGUUAAGUCGCCAGUUCACCGUGUUUGGCAGCGCGAUCUUCUGCGUCGUAAUCUUCUCACUCUACCUGAUGCUGGACAGGGGUCACUUGGACUACCCUCGGGGCCCGCGCCAGGAGGGCUCCUUUCCGCAGGGCCAGCUUUCAAUAUUGCAAGAAAAGAUUGACCAUUUGGAGCGUUUGCUCGCUGAGAACAACGAGAUCAUCUCAAAUAUCAGAGACUCAGUCAUCAACCUGAGCGAGUCUGUGGAGGACGGCCCGCGGGGGUCACCAGGCAACGCCAGCCAAGGCUCCAUCCACCUCCACUCGCCACAGUUGGCCCUGCAGGCUGACCCCAGAGACUGUUUGUUUGCUUCACAGAGUGGGAGUCAGCCCCGGGAUGUGCAGAUGUUGGAUGUUUACGAUCUGAUUCCUUUUGAUAAUCCAGAUGGUGGAGUUUGGAAGCAAGGAUUUGACAUUAAGUAUGAAGCGGAUGAGUGGGACCAUGAGCCCCUGCAAGUGUUUGUGGUGCCUCACUCCCAUAAUGACCCAGUUUACUACAGAAUGGUCAGCUGGAAAUUGUGACCGGUGGCUGGGUUAUGCCUGAUGAAGCCACUCCACAUUAUUUUGCCUUAAUUGACCAACUAAUUGAAGGGCACCAAUGGCUGGAAAAAAAUCUAGGAGUGAAACCUCGAUCGGGCUGGGCCAUAGAUCCCUUUGGUCAUUCACCCACAAUGGCUUAUCUUCUAAAGCGUGCUGGAUUUUCACACAUGCUCAUCCAGAGAGUCCAUUAUGCAAUCAAAAAACACUUCUCUUUGCAUAAAACGCUGGAGUUUUUCUGGAGACAGAAUUGGGAUCUUGGAUCUGCUACAGACAUUUUGUGCCAUAUGAUGCCCUUCUACAGCUACGACAUCCCUCACACCUGUGGGCCUGAUCCUAAAAUAUGCUGCCAGUUUGAUUUUAAACGGCUUCCUGGAGGCAGAUAUGGUUGUCCCUGGGGAGUUCCCCCAGAAGCAAUAUCUCCUGGAAAUGUCCAAAGCAGGGCUCAGAUGCUAUUGGAUCAGUACCGGAAAAAGUCAAAACUUUUCCGCACUAAAGUUCUGCUGGCUCCACUGGGAGACGACUUUCGGUUCAGUGAAUACACAGAGUGGGAUCUGCAGUGCAGGAACUACGAGCAACUGUUCAGUUACAUGAACUCGCAGCCUCAUCUGAAAGUGAAGAUCCAGUUUGGAACCUUGUCAGAUUAUUUCGACGCAUUGGAGAAAGCGGUGGCAGCCGAGAAGAAGAGUAGCCAGUCUGUGUUCCCUGCCCUGAGUGGAGACUUCUUCACGUACGCUGACAGAGACGACCAUUACUGGAGUGGCUACUUCACGUCCAGACCUUUCUACAAACGAAUGGACAGAAUAAUGGAAUCUCGUAUAAGGGCUGCUGAAAUUCUUUACCAGUUGGCCUUGAAACAAGCUCAGAAAUACAAGAUAAAUAAAUUUCUUUCAUCACCUCAUUACACAACACUGACAGAAGCCAGAAGGAACUUAGGACUAUUUCAGCAUCAUGAUGCCAUCACAGGAACCGCGAAAGACUGGGUGGUUGUGGACUAUGGUACCAGACUCUUUCAGUCAUUAAAUUCUUUGGAGAAGAUAAUUGGAGAUUCUGCAUUUCUUCUCAUUUUAAAGGACAAAAAGCUGUACCAGUCAGAUCCUUCCAAAGCCUUCUUAGAGAUGGAUACGAAGCAAAGUUCACAAGAUUCUCUGCCCCAAAAAAUUAUAAUACAACUGAGCGCACAGGAGCCAAGGUACCUUGUGGUCUACAAUCCCUUUGAACAAGAACGGCAUUCAGUGGUGUCCAUCCGGGUAAACUCCGCCACAGUGAAAGUGCUGUCUGAUUCGGGAAAACCGGUGGAGGUUCAAGUCAGUGCAGUUUGGAACGACAUGAGGACAAUUUCACAAGCAGCCUAUGAGGUUUCUUUUCUAGCUCAUAUACCACCACUGGGACUGAAAGUGUUUAAGAUCUUAGAGUCACAAAGUUCAAGCUCACACUUGGCUGAUUAUGUCCUAUAUAAUAAUGAUGGACUAGCAGAAAAUGGAAUAUUCCACGUGAAGAACAUGGUGGAUGCUGGAGAUGCCAUAACAAUAGAGAAUCCCUUCCUGGCGAUUUGGUUUGACCGAUCUGGGCUGAUGGAGAAAGUGAGAAGGAAAGAAGACAGUAGACAGCAUGAACUGAAGGUCCAGUUCCUGUGGUACGGAACCACCAACAAAAGGGACAAGAGCGGUGCCUACCUCUUCCUGCCUGACGGGCAGGGCCAGCCAUAUGUUUCCCUAAGACCGCCCUUUGUCAGAGUGACACGUGGAAGGAUCUACUCAGAUGUGACCUGUUUCCUCGAACACGUUACUCACAAAGUCCGCCUGUACAACAUUCAGGGAAUAGAAGGUCAGUCCAUGGAAGUUUCUAAUAUUGUAAACAUCAGGAAUGUGCAUAACCGUGAGAUUGUAAUGAGAAUUUCAUCUAAAAUAAACAACCAAAAUAGAUAUUAUACUGACCUAAAUGGAUAUCAGAUUCAGCCUAGAAGGACCAUGAGCAAAUUGCCUCUUCAAGCCAACGUUUACCCGAUGUGCACAAUGGCGUAUAUCCAGGAUGCUGAGCACCGGCUCACGCUGCUCUCUGCUCAGUCUCUAGGUGCUUCCAGCAUGGCUUCUGGUCAGAUUGAAGUCUUCAUGGAUCGAAGGCUCAUGCAGGAUGAUAACCGUGGCCUUGGGCAAGGCGUCCAUGACAAUAAGAUUACAGCUAAUUUGUUUCGAAUCCUCCUCGAGAAGAGAAGCGCUGUGAACAUGGAAGAAGAAAAGAAGAGCCCUGUCAGCUACCCUUCCCUCCUCAGCCACAUGACUUCGUCCUUCCUCAACCAUCCCUUUCUCCCCAUGGUACUAAGUGGCCAGCUCCCCUCCCCUGCCUUUGAGCUGCUGAGUGAAUUUCCUCUGCUGCAGUCCUCUCUACCUUGUGAUAUCCAUCUGGUCAACCUGCGGACAAUACAAUCAAAGAUGGGCAAAGGCUAUUCGGAUGAGGCAGCCUUGAUCCUCCACAGGAAAGGGUUUGAUUGCCAGUUCUCCAGCAGAGGCAUCGGGCUACCCUGUUCCACUACUCAGGGAAAGAUGUCAGUUCUGAAACUUUUCAACAAGUUUGCUGUGGAGAGUCUCGUCCCUUCCUCUCUGUCCUUGAUGCACUCCCCUCCAGAUGCCCAGAACAUGAGUGAAGUCAGCCUGAGCCCCAUGGAGAUCAGCACGUUCCGUAUCCGCUUGCGUUGGACCUGACCCAGACUUGAGCAGAGAAACUCCGGCUUUGUUACCGUCCUUGGUUUAACGUGCAAUAACUAAGCACAUUACUUUAGCUUCUGGCUACUGUGAGAACAUGAAUUCUGUGAUUCUGUUUUUUUGUUUUGUUUUGUUUUGUUUUUUAAACCAAUCUAGUAAGAAAAAGCCAUGCUUUAAAAAAAGGUUUCUUUCUCUGAGUUUGUCCCACAGCUACCGUUAUCAGUAUGAACUGAGGUAACAAAAAUGAAGAACUAUUGAAAGAUAAGCCCUCAACAGACUGCAUCUCAGGUUAAAUGCUAACUAUGUUUGCAUUGAGGGUUGUAAAGAGAUUCUCUAGAAGUAUUCUUAUCUCUGAUCAUGUUUUAUUAAAAAAAUACCCAUUUGACUUAAAUAGAAAGAAAAAUCAGAAGUUGGUAGGUAACAGCUUAAUGGCCAAAGUAGUUGUAAUCAUUGAUAUAAAUUUGAAUAUUUUGUAUGUUAAAAUAAUGUGGAAAAGUGCAAUCCCUCAACCCUUAUGAUAAAUGUAGUUGGUUUUCAUACUCUUUUCCAAUGAACCUCUUGGCUACCCUUUCCUACCCACACAUUUAAAAAAAUAAGUGAUAAUUUUAGUCGUUCACCAGUAGAAAAAGAGGUGUAUUUUCAUUACUUGACAACAUGGGAUGGGUGCAAUUUAUUCCAUUGUCACUGAAACAGAAGAAGCAGUUCCACUUUAGGUACCACAAGGUGUCUUUCUAUACAGCUCAUUUGAAUACAGGUGUUCCAAGGUGGGGUUUUCUAUUUUUAAAUUACCAUAUCAAAAAUAAAUGUGCCUUAUUUUUUUAUAAGUCUUGUUAAAUCUUAUUACUGUCCAUAUUACUGUUUGGGAGGUGGGGUAUUGGGAGGUUGGGAUAGGGGGUGGGUACUUUCUAUGACACAUAAAUUAUGUAAAAUUUUUUGCUUGAUAAUGCUGGCCACAUCCUGAUCUGUGUCAUUACAUUUGUGGUGAUGUUACUCUAAACAUUUUGACUAUUUGAAUGUACUGAGAUGUCAGAAAACGAAACAAGGGAGAAAAAUAUUGCUAAUUAAAAUAUGCUGCUGCCAAGGAAACUGCAAGUUGAAGCAAGGAUUUCGUAACCCACAAGAUCCAAGUACUUCUUGCAUUUCACAGUACUUAACCGCGUUAAAGAGAGAAUGCUUUAAAAAUAGACUGUUUUCUAAAAUCCUCUGUGUGUAGCUCAUCUUAUGUUCCUUACUAAAGAACACGUUCCAAACAUUUGUGUGUGGUAAACUCAGCGUGUUAGUCUAGCCCAUGUACCAUCAUGGGACCUUUGAGGUCAUUUGAGAUCAUUGUUUCUGUAAUAGAAUAAUAGUAUUUAAUUUUGGUAUAGAAAGAAUGCUUUGGCUAUAUCCACUUUUGAAAAAUUCUCCUCAGUGUCUUAACCUAAUUUAGUAUUCUUUGACUUUAAACCUCCACUUACCUCUUACCAUUCCAGUACAUUACAGAGAAAAGCAUUUCUGCCUCACUGUUUAUUCUGAUCGUCAUCUGGAUUCUUCCUCAAGAUGCAGCUCCUACAUUCGCUGUUCUGUUGAGUUCCUAAAAUCCUUUGCCUAUAAUCAUUAAGGAAAUACCAGAAUGACAGGACCAUUGCAAGGGUAUAAUUUCAUGCAGUAAGCAUGUGACGUACAUUCCCUUCCUCAUUUGUUGGGGAAUAAGCAACUGAAAGUACAACAAAACCACUUCCUCCUAUAACCUCUGCAGACGCUAGCUAGGACGACCAAGCGCCAGUCCCACGAAUAUGAUCUAUUUUCUUGUUGUAUCUUAAGUGUAUGCCUUCCUGUGGAUGUUCACUGUGCUCUGUGGUUAAGUGGCUAUGCUUAAUCACUACAGAAGUUCUGAUGAGGCCAAAUGAAACCAGUGGCUGACAUAAAUAAUAAA